AAAACUCAAAAUGGCAGACGAAAGAAAUUUUCGUUCUCAUUAUUACGACAAAGUCGGUUUUAGAGCCGUCGAGGAGAAGAAAUCAGUCGAAAUAUUAUUAAAGGAACAAACCAUAGACAAUUCUAAACUGUUUCAAUUCGUUCUGCGGUUUCCACUUAUCUCUGCUUAUCGCCUGACGGUGUGGAAAUAUCUACUUGGUGUCGUACCAGUCUACCAAGAGAUUCAUGAGUUUGUGAUGGAACAGCGCAGAGAACAAUUUCAUGACCUGAAACAUGCUUUAAUAGUCAUGGAGAAAAUUGAUGAGAAAACACAACCAUCUGCAGUAUUCCUUCAAAUGUAUCUCAUCAACGAAGGGUGCUUACCUUAUGAUGAAAUUUGUAUGCUUCAGGAGCCAAGAAAUCAAGCAUUCAUGGCUAUUACAGACUCAGUGUCAGAAAUCUCAUCAUCAGAAGUUGAGACUUUUUGGUUGGCUGUAAAAUUCUUCCAAUAUUUGGACAAGUUCAAGUCUUUUAUGCAGAUAUUGCCGCAGCGAACGGAAGAUUACCUCAAGAAGGAAGAUAAAGAUGGAACCCUUUUCAACCAUUUACAAAAGUUACACGUUUUCGAAGUUAUUCCAUUACAACACUGGUUUGAGUGCUGCUUUGCUCGGGUGUUGCCCGAAGACACAUUUGAAAGAAUUUGGGAUCGUGUUCUUGGCGGAUCAUGUAAAGUCAUGGUGUUUGUUGCCGUGGCAAUGCUGUUAACUUAUAAAUGGACCAUCCUCAACAUGAACUCAGCUGAGAAGAUUAUUCAGAUGCUGGAGACAGAUAUUUCAGUAGACAGUGGUGAAAUGAUUGUAAAUCAUGCGUUAGAACUCUGGCAGAAAUAUGGACAUCAGUUGUUGCCAUCUUUAUCCCAUGCGGACUCGCCAGUACCCGAUGCAAGACCAAGCGCAUGAUGAACAUUUCAUGGAAUCUUGGAAUUAAUCUGUGAUGUUGGAUUUUUAUCUUAGGAUCUAGUUUAGAUCCUGCCCAAAUUAUUCCAGUGGUGCACAAUACGAUUAUUGUUACACUGUCGGCCUUUCCUUCCAAAGUGCUUUGUGUUGAAAAAUACAAAUACAUGUAAUCUUGGCUGUAUAUUAUGGUCAGUGGUGCUUAUGCUAUGGUUGUUAUGAAAAAAUAUAAUUGUU